AUGGGGACACAUGGGUAUGACUAUAAACUGCAUCCAGUAGCAAAGGCUCUGAUUGGGGACUUUCAGAGAGGUGGGGAAGUGGUGGGGAUGUUGGCAGAGAAGAGGAGAGUGGGACAUUUGUUGCUUGCAGGAAGUCCAAUACUAGGGACAAGGAUGCAAACUGUUCGGCUGCAGGGAGAGGAGGUGCUACAAGUUCUGCUGGUAUAUGCAUCACAAGUGGGUAGACCAGAGGAAGAAAAGGAAGCCUUCUGGGGUGUGUUGGAUAAUGUGAUAACAGUGGCAGACUCAGAGAUACUACUCAUUGCCAGCAACCUAAAUGGGCAUAUUGGAGAUGACAGAGGAAGAUUCAAAGAAGUCAUGGGCAUCUAUGGAUUUGGAAUGAGAAAUCGGGAAGGAGAAAGAAUACUGGAAUUUAGCUAA